GCUUGGGGGCGGGGACUGGGUGGAGCUAGGAUGCUGAGGAGCUGACGCAGGAGCUAUCCAGCUCGUCAGCUCCCUGUUUUGGGCCAGAUCGCAACCAGCUCUCCCGAGGCCCUAGGGUGAGUUCCGCAGUGAACCGGCCAGCCUAGACAGCCGGCAGAACACGGGAGUACUUGGGUUCCUAAGGUUAAAUAUGGCCUCCAGGAUGGUCUCUGUCCUGCUCUGUGGUCUUUUGUUUUGGUUGAUGUGCAACUGGAAUCCAGCACUGGCUUAUAGUCCACGGACCCCUGAUCGGGUCUCAGAAACAGACAUCCAGAGACUGCUCCAUGGUGUUAUGGAGCAGCUGGGCAUUGCCAGGCCACGUGUGGAAUACCCUGCUCACCAGGCCACGAAUCUUGUUGGGCCCCAGAGCAUCGAAGGUGGAGCUCACGAGGGUCUUCAGCACCUGGGUCCUUUUGGCAACAUCCCUAACAUAGUGGCAGAGUUGACUGGCGACAACAUUCCUAAGGGCUUCAGUGAGGAUCAAGGCUACCCAGACCCUCCAAAUCCCUGUCCUCUUGGGAAAACUGCAGAUGACGGAUGCCUAGAAAAUGCCCCUGACACUGCAGAAUUCAGCCGAGAAUUCCAGUUAAACCAGCACCUUUUUGAUCCAGAGCAUGACUACCCAGGUUUGGGCAAGUGGAACAAGAAACUCCUUUAUGAGAAGAUGAAGGGAGGGCAGAGGCGGAAGCGGAGGAGCACCAAUCCUUAUCUACAAGGAAAGAAGCUGGACAAUGUUGUGGCAAAGAAAUCUGUCCCUCACUUUUCAGAAGAGGAGAAGGAGUCAGAAUAAAGAGAAGACUGGAGGUGGAAACCCACGCAGUACUUACGUGCAUGUUACUAGAGCCCCCGAGAGUGGCAGCAUGUGUCUUGUAUAGAUAAUUAGGGAUGGAAAGCAGCUGUCCUUGCAUUUGCCCCCACACCAAUGGCUGUGCUUUCUGCUAAAUUAGAAUAAAAGCUCCUUUUUCUUUUGGAGGCUUUUUUUUGAUGUGGAUCUGCAAGAAACAUUACAAUUAAAAUGUAUAUGUCAAGUAUAAUAAAAACACGGAUAUGAAAUACUCAGAUUUCUUGCAGUUUUGGGUUGUGCAGUUUGGGCCAAGUCUGUAAAAGAGCUGGCAUUUGAUUUUGAUUAUGUAAUGUAUCUAGCCCUUGGGCCUUGUUACACACCAAUAAAGAAGUUUGUACUGGAGGGGAGGGCCUGACACAUCUCACUUGACUGCUUCUUAAUAAAUGUAUGUGCAAGCAUU